AGCUCCGCGGGGAGGGAGGGUCGGUAAAUUCCGCGUUGGAGCAGCGGGCGGCGUGCGAUGCCGUGCUGGGACGGGGCUGCUUGGGGCGCGGAGGUUUCGUCCGGGCUGGGUGGUUGUGACACGGGGUCGUGUUCUGCAGGCAAUGAGCGGGCGCGAGGAGGAGUGGCAGGCCCUGAAGCCCCGGGAACCCUCUCCAUCGCAGUGCUGCGGCGGCGGCUGCAAGCCCUGCGUCUACGAUGUGUACGAGAAGGAGCUGGCGCGGUGGGAGGGGGCCAAAGCAGCGCAAGACAAAAGGCUCCUCGUGCAGGAGGAGCAGGAGAGCAGUAAUUCAGAGCUAAAUCCAGAUGCGUUUACUGCAUUCAACGUAAGCUCGGUGGAGCAGCUAACAGAGGACACCUACCAGUACAGAUUUGAAUUACCGGGAAAUGGCAGACUGCGAUUGGGUUUAGGACAACAUAUCGUGUUAAGAGGAGUGGUGAAUGGUUUGGAGGUCCAGCGAGCCUAUACUCCGAUUAGCCCAGGGAAUGCAGAAGGUUACUUUGAAGUUCUAAUAAAAUGCUAUGAAGCUGGGCUAAUGUCACAAUACAUAAAGACUUGGAAAGAAGGAGACACGGUCUUUUGGCGUGGGCCGUUUGGAGGGUUCCCAUAUCGGCCUAAUAAGCAUGGAGAACUCCUCAUGCUGGCUUCUGGCACUGGUCUUGCACCGAUGCUUCCCAUUCUCCAGUCCAUAAUGGAUAAUGAAGAGGAUGAAACCUUUGUAACCCUUGUUGGCUGCUUCUGUACAUUUGAAAAAAUUUAUUUGAAACCUCUUCUCCAGGAUCUGGCACGAUACUGGAACAUCAGAAUAUUUUACGUCCUAAGCCAGGAAACUUCACUGGAAAAUCUUCCUUGGAGCUAUCAGGAAAACACAUACACUGGUCGCUUAAAUGAGGACUUGAUAAAGACAAUAAUAAAUUCCUGUCGAAGAAAGCCAUUUGUAUUAAUCUGUGGCUCUUCUACAUUUGCUGAAGAUAUGGACAGAUAUUUGAAAGCUGCAGGAAUUGAAGAAGAUUCCUGUUUUGUCUUUUAGCAAGGUAUUCCUGAGCUAAGGAACCUCAGGCCAAGACUAGGACAUUCCAUUAAAAGACAUUGCCCAAAAUCAGUCAUCUCACCAGACUGAGGUCCUUAUGCCUAUUGUUUCAUCAACUGAUCAAAUGUAUUUUCCAGUAUGAUUCUCAGUCUUGGGUGUUUUAAAGAUCAGGUGACCUUCCAGAGUGGCUGCUACAAUCACCUAUACCUUGAGGAGCAGCACGGUAAUUUUAGUGGAAGUCUUUACGUGCAGUUUUGAGAGACGGAUGCUUCUUAAUAUCCUCAAGAGACAAGCGUUCAGCUGUACUGUAAUAUGAAGACUAAUGUCUUGCUUUGAAGUCCAUGUUAGUAUGCGGUGAUAUUGUGCCCUGUUAGAUGUACCCUGGAGAGAUUUAAUUCUUGGGGAGAAGAUAACGAGGCCAAGGGAACAGCAGAGCACUGCCCGACCCUCUGGAGUUUGUGGGGUUUGUUUCAGUGUCAUUAUCUCGCUGGGUGAUGCCAGGCAGGUCACUUCACCCUCUCUGUGCCUCAGUUGCACUCUGAUACAUUAAUAUGGGGAUGAAGAUGCUGCUCUCUGAAAAGAGCCUUUCCAGCCAUGUACCAAAAAAAAGACUACCUAUACGUGAGGGUGGAAUUGCAUGUGGUGCUCAAGGAGGACUUGCAUUGCCUGUGCUGAACCUUAAUCCUUGCGAUGCUGUCUGGAGGGAGAAGGAGAAUGUCCUAAAAGUCUAUGAUAAAGCAUCAGGAUUGUAGCUGCUAUCUGUCAGGAAAGAUGAUUGUCUGCUUUCCAUGUACCCUUUCGGCACACCUUUCUGUUUUGCCAUUCAUUCCUUGUUCGUCCUAUGUUGGGAUUUCACAGGGUUUCCAUAGCUGUGGCAGAUGAUGAUGCAUCACCACUCCUGUCUUAUUUUUACCUGUUUGACAUAAUACUCCUUGCACAAGGGGCACGUACUUUGAGAGCUGCUAGAAAAGAUGGCUCUGCUUCAUGCUGGGAAGCCAUGUGGGUACCUGUAUGAGGUCCUGCAGGCAACGAGUGGUUGCAUUGUAUCUGCUGUUUUAGCUUUACCUUUGCUCCAGGAGUGACAUUGACAGUGAGAUCGUGUCAAGGAUGGGCUGAUCUUCUAGACCACGUUUUUGACUCCUUCACUGCUGCAGUGAGGCUCUGGCACUGUUGAUGGAUCAUAAUAAUACGUGCAUGUUUAGUGAGUAAAUACACUGUUAGCUGUACCA